AUGUUUGUUUGUUGCGGUAAGAAGAAAAAGGAUCGUAAACAUUUAUCCUUAGGGAAUCUGCAUUAGUUAAAUUUAAUUUGUUAAGAUGGUCUAUAUUUUGAUAAGACUCUUAAGAUAAUAACAGAAAACAAUAAGACUAAUGUAAGUGAAAUAGUGAAUAAGGAAUGUAAGUUUUACUGUCCAAUCUGCUUCAAAUAUUAUGAUUGUAUGUUAUAAUCAACCUGCUGUUCGAAUUAUGUUUGUCAUAUCUGCGCAGUGUAAUCUUUAAAUAAUAAAAUGUAUAAUUGUCAUUACUGCCGGAAUGAACAUUGCAAGUACGUGGAUGUAGAUCCAAACCAAUAGUUAAAAGUAUAUAUCGACUCACACCAUAAAUUAUGA